ACGAUGAAAUAGCCCUGUUUUGAAUAGCCCAUUUGCAGGAUAAACUUAGUGAUACGACAUUGGAUAGACAAGGAUGCCAUUAUUUUUUCGUUCUGUUUUUCUCGUUUGUCAUGUAUGGUGGUAAUUUCAUGAGCUCUGCUCUUGUCUAUGAUUUGUUGUUUCAAUUUUUCUGUAUAGUAGCUCUGUAGUUCUAUAUUAUCGCAUUGUAUUCGAGUGGGCCGUGGUCGAAUUCUAGUGAUAGUGUAUGGAAAUAGUUCUGUAUCAUAAGUUACAGUUCCUGUUAUAGAUAAAAUUUGUAGCCAGCGUUGUCAUUAUCAUCGUAAAAAAUUUUUUGGUAAAGUGCAGCUCGUUUGGUAUUUUUGUAGUGUCUGAGUCAGGUUAACUAGUGACAACAAACAUGUUUAGUUGGCUUAAUAAAAGCAGUACUCGAGAAGAAGUGUACGAAGAUGUAGUAACAGGGCUUAAAAACAUUUACAAAACCAAACUGUUACCCCUGGAACAGCAUUACCAGUUUCAUGACUUCCAUUCCCCACAGUUAGAAGAUUCCGAUUUUGAUGCAAAACCAAUGAUACUGCUGGUAGGUCAAUAUUCAACAGGAAAAACUACUUUCAUCAAGUACUUACUGGAGAGAGACUUUCCUGGAAUUAGAAUAGGACCGGAACCAACUACUGACCGCUUCAUUGCUGUAAUGUAUGAUGAAAAAGAGGGAAUGAUUCCAGGUAAUGCUUUGGUUGUUGAUCCCAAAAAGCAAUUUAGACCACUUUCAAAGUUUGGAAAUGCUUUCUUAAAUCGCCUUCAGUGUUCACUAGUUCCUUCUCCUGUUCUUAAAAACAUUUCUAUAGUUGAUACCCCAGGCAUAUUAUCAGGAGAAAAGCAAAGGGUUGACAGGGGCUAUGAUUUCACUGGUGUAUUGGAAUGGUUUGCAGAAAGAGUAGACAGAAUAAUUCUUUUGUUUGAUGCUCAUAAAUUAGAUAUUUCAGACGAAUUUCGUCGUUCUAUUGAAGCAUUAAGGGGUCAUGAUGACAAAAUACGUAUUGUUUUAAACAAAGCAGAUAUGAUUGAUCACCAACAACUUAUGAGGGUUUAUGGAGCUCUUAUGUGGUCACUUGGCAAAGUACUUCAAACCCCUGAGGUAGCUAGGGUGUACAUUGGUUCAUUUUGGGAUCAGCCCUUAAGAUAUGAUGUUAAUAGAAGACUCUUUGAAGAUGAAGAGCAAGAUUUGUUUAAAGAUUUGCAGUCUCUGCCUAGAAAUGCAGCUUUAAGAAAACUAAAUGACUUAAUUAAAAGAGCUAGAUUGGCAAAGGUUCAUGCCUACAUCAUUGCUGAAUUACGUAAAGACAUGCCAUCAAUGUUUGGCAAAGAUUCUAAAAAGAAGGACCUUAUAAAAAAUCUUGGGCAAAUCUAUGAUAAAUUACAACGUGAACACCAAAUUUCCCCUGGAGAUUUUCCUGAAAUUAAAAAAAUGCAAGAAGUUUUACAAAAUCAAGAUUUUACUAAAUUUCAUCCACUAAAGCCAAAAUUGCUAGAAAUUGUAGACAGGAUGCUAGCUGAUGAUAUUUCAACAUUAAUGGCAAAAAUACCACAAGAGGAAGAAAAUCACAUUUCUGAGACCAAGCUUGUUAAAGGUGGGGCAUUUGAAAAUGUUGAAGAUACAAUUUCUCCCUUUGGUUAUAAAAGAGGGGAGGGAAUUGAUGCUGGAUUUGGUGAGCCUAACUGGAUUGUUAGCAAAUUUAAACCCAAAUUUGAUGAAAUAUUUGAAAAUCUGGAACCAAUUGAUGGAAAAAUUACAGGAGCUGCUGCAAAAUCAGAAAUGGUGAAAUCUAAAUUACCCAAAACUGUACUAGGAAAAAUAUGGAAACUUGCAGAUGUUGACAAGGAUGGAAUGCUAGAUGCUGAAGAGUUUGCACUUGCCAUGCACCUAAUUAACGUCAAAAUUGAUGGUAAUGAUCUACCUAACGAAUUACCCAACCAUUUGGUCCCCCCUUCUAAAAGACACACUAAUAACAUAUCAGCCACUGAAUAAAAAUCGCCUAUUUAUUUAUCAUUAUCACUUCUUGCAUUCUGCAUAAUCCAAUUAUUGCUGUAGGUAAUUUAGAUAAUUAUAAUCUUAAAUUUAAAAUUAAACUUUUUUCACGUCCAUUUUUGUCGUAUAAUUAUAUUUAAAACAUGUUCACUUAAAAAAUACAAAUCUGUCGUGAAUGUUCAUUAAGUCUGAUGCUUAUUUAAAGUAGAAAUUGGUUCUACUUUUAUGACCAUUUCAAUUAAAUCACUUGUAUACCUCAUCCUAUAUUAAUUUUGUUGUUUUUGUUAUAAGUAGAUUCAUUUAUGAAAAGGAGUAAUUUUUGAUUAAACAAAAAUGGUAAAAUGCACAUGAACAAAUAAUUAACUACUUUUGUUAUUGUAUCCUGUAGCAGGCUCCUGUUGAAACAAACGCCUUUAAUGUAAAUUUUUGUUUGCUUAACUCGUUUUGGCCCUUAACAAUUUUGCACAAUGCUCAUUAUAACUUGAAAUAUUGAAAAAAAAAAUGCUAAUUAACAAAGUGCUAUUAUUGUAUUAUUGUGAUAUAGAAAAGUACUGUACAUAAUGUAAGAUAUGAAUUUAAGUAAACCGGUUUAGUGUAAAUAAUAAAAUUAAAUCUAAAAUCUUUUUUACUAACGAAACAUUAAAUAAAACAUUUUUGUACAGUGGCCGAUACGUUACAUAAUGACUAAAAUAAAUACUGAUAGUGUUAUCAGGAGUAUUCUGUUUGUUGAGAUAUUUUUAUACAGGCAUUUAGAAUUUGUUUAACAGUGACUGUUCUUUGUUAUAUUGUGUAUUUAUUCAAUAAAUAUGUACAAUUCAUCUUU